AUGGGAGAACGACGCUUUUUCAAACGCCCAACUUCAUUUCAUCAUUACGACUAUGGAGGAGGAUUUAGAGAUGAUUGCGACUAUUCUGAUGGAAGUUACUCGGAUUGUGAAAGCUGUCGACGUGGCGUGCCACCACCUCAGAUUGUUCGUCAUAGAUUGAGGAAUAAGAAGACGGGUCAGAUUGCAGAUUACUACCGAUACUCUGCACAGAAACCUUGUGAGGACUGCUGCUCGAAAAGGAACCACAACAGAUCCCAAGAACGGCAGAGAGGUGGAGGGUGUGGUGGAGGGUGCGGUUGCGGUCCAGGGGGUCCCGGAGGUCCUGGGUGUCCUGGUGGACCGAUGAUGCAAUUCCCAAGGCCAGAAUGUGGUAAUCCUUUUACAAUGGGAGGAGGGACGAAGACAAUGGGCAGACCGAGUGCAGAUAUGUGUUCUUGCAGAGGUGGGGGUUAUGGAGAUGGAUAUGAUAAACGCUGCAAGAAGCCCUACCCUUCAUAUAGAGGAAAACAUUAA